AUGCCAGAGGGUAUUCUUUCUCUUUUUGCUGGUGAAAACAGAAGUGUUUACUGCUUCGUUGAAGGACUGCCCCCACCAACAGUCAGGUGGCUUAAGAACAACAAGAUUCUCAAGGAGAGAAAAAGUCAACAAGGCAAAAACCUAGUAGACCUCGCUCUUGAUUUUCCUGAGGUAGAUUUACAUCACGCCGGGAAUUACACUUGUGAAGCAAGCAACGAUAACACAAUAACCAAAAAAAGCACUAUCCUCGUCACUGUUUCAUGUAAGCAUUUAUUUAUUUGUUAAUAAAACAAGGUUGUUUCCGCACCCGUAUCAGUCCUUGACACCCCUGGGUGUCUUUAAUUUGCAAAGUGAUAGAGUCAUAAAUAUUAUUCACUUCUAUUGUAAACGACAAACCCAAAAUUGGGGGGCUCUCUUACAUGUAACAAAUUCCGCUAUCUGGAGAUUUAGCAAAAGAUUAAGGUGUUAAUUAGGUCAUGUCCGAAUUUUUCUGGACCGCUUAAGUUAGGAUCGAUUCCCUUUUCAUAAAGGGCUAGCGUUUGAGGCAGUAUCUUUCGUAUAUAUCUUAUUUUGCGCUGACCAAUCUUCAUUUCAACCAUUUAUUGUUGCCUUUUGGCAGAACCGCAGUUGGUUUUUUUUCUAGAAUUAAACCAGUUUAUCCAAUUUCCACAACAGGUCCACCAACAGUACCUCAGCUAAAUGCCCUUCCCCUAAAUAGGGCACAAAACGGCAAUGCAAAUUUGAGUUGCGAGGCCAACCAGCUAAACGCUCGACAAAUGGCUUCAUACAAGUGGAAAUGGACGUCUAAAAACGGGCGAGAAGUAACAAAUGUAUAUGGGAAGUAUAAAAUACUCAGCACGUUUUCACAGCCCAAUUCUUGUCAACAAACGAAAGGUGCCGUUUAUCUUCACGUUGAAAAUUUAACCAGGGAAGAUCUUGGAACAUACAUGUGUGCACUUCUUGAGUCUGGUACGGAAAUUGCUUCAGAGGACGUCCCAUUGUAUGAAUAUGGUAAGUUGCGUGUUCUGAACUGUAUCUAACUUGUAAGGUUUGAUGAAAAUUACAAUUUCCUGAUAAUUAGAGUUACAAUACCUCCAAGACAGACACCCCAUCAGGUAUUACUAUACUACUACCGCCACCACUACCACCACCAGACACCCCAGGCCACUUACAUUGGUUGGACCCACAGAAACCUUAGCGCAUGACUGACUGAACACAAACGUGCGGCAAGAAAUGUUAAUUGAAAAACUCACAUUCCAGACAAACCAUCGAACCGACUGGAAUUCUGACUGGACCACCGACUAUAUUUGACUAUGAAUAAAAAGGACCUCAUAACUCCGACAAAAGACAAUCGAAAAGCACUAAUAAAAUUACGAGUCUUCAUGAAAAUUAUUUUGGGCUAAACUGACAGACGAUCAACAACAAAACCGCGACUUGAUUAUCCAAUCAAGCCAAAAGCAGAGUUUGAUGCCAUCAGCUGACAUGAUACAACGUUUUUGGACUCUGAAGAUGACUUCAACAUAGGUUAUCGAAACCGUCAAUCUCUGCCAACAACAGUCCUGUUCAGGACUACACAGUACUCGCCCAGUUCCACCUACUUAUGAGACUGUAUAAAGGUUAAAUAACUUUCAAUAUCGAUAGCCUUAAAGGAUGCUUCCACCAACUUCGAUGAUGUAACCCCUUUCAGGGCAUGACCAUCAAGGAGGUGACUACAUUUUUUGUAUGUUUGUGAGUGUUGAUGAAGUGGUCAACACCUUUGUUUGUCAUUUAGUUUUGUUGUAUUUUAAUACAACAAAACAAGCCAACACACUUUUAAAAGAGCGUGUUGGCUUGUUGAUAGAACACAAACACAUUUCAGUGGAAGUUUUGUCGGCGUUGUUUUUAAAAUUUAUGGAAACUUUGAUGAUUUCGGUUUUUAACCAAUAAAUUGUUAAAGAUGACUAAAUUACGAUAAUCCGAUUACACCUUCUUUUUAGGAUUGAUUCGUAAAUCAUCCUGUAACUGUUCAUUUGGCAGUAAUAUAAAUGGCGUCAUUGUGACCUUAAAUGCACCAUUGCGACAUUAUUUUAUAAUAAUUGUUUACGUUUAUAAAUUUUUAUUGCUGUACAAAUUUGGUGGUCAAUGAAUGAUAAGCAGUGUUAUAGUUUCAAGCUGCUGGCUUCCAAUCUUGCCUCCUCCCUCCUUGGAGGAAGCCCAAAAGGCCCGGCCUGGGCUCAGUCCAGAAAAAAUGUUACAAAGUGUAGCUGUUGUUUUGGAAUCUAAGAGCGAAAGCUGCACUGAUAAACUCCUAUACGCUGCUGAGAGUUAAUUGAAUUGACUCUGGACAUGGGAAGAAGAGGUCGAGACUUGGCACGCAAUGCAAAACUACAGAUAGCCCAUUAAACACCCGUUUCCGACGCAUUUUUCAUCCAGACUCAUCUGAUCCAUUCUCCUUGCGGCCCAAGCCUACCUGUUUGCUGAUGUUAAUGUGUUCGUUUCAUUAAAAUUGUUUUAAGUCUAAUAUUGAGCUCCUUUAAAAUGCUUUAUUUUCAGUAAGCUCUAACAUUCCACCACGCCCUGAAAUUGUAAAAAAUGACACCUUUGACUGCGGUCGUACGAUGAGAGUGGAGUGGAAAGAGAUGAAAGGAAGUGAAGUGACUGGAUAUGAACUCGUCAUAUUAUCACUAGCAGAUGAUUCCGAACAAAGAUUCGACCUGCCACAGAAAAAUCAUUCCAAGAUACUUGAUGUCCAAAGUAACAGUCUUUACGAAAUACAAAUCAGGGCAAAAAACGCGUUGGGCCAUAGUUUUUGGACAAAACGUCAGCUGGAAACGACUGCAGGUACUAGAUAA